AUGAGGGAGAUCCUUCCUGUUCAAGGUAGAAAAUGUGGUAACCGGAGUGGAUCCAAAUUUUGGGAAGUCGUCCAUGAUGAACCUGAGAUAGAUCCGACUGGACGUUACAUCGGGACAUCCGAUCUGCAGCUUGAACCUUUCAGUGUCUACUCCAAUGAGAUCUUCAGUCCUAUUGAUUUCGUAUUUGGGCAAUCUGGUGCUGGGAAUAACUGGAACAAAGGGCACCGUGCGAAGGCGCCGAGAGUUCUUGAUGAUGUUGCGAGGAAGGAGACUGAGAACCGCGACUAUCUUCAAGGUUACCAAGUAUGCCAUUCACUUGGUAGAGGAACGGGCUCUGGGGUUGGCAGUUUGCCCAUCUAA